AAAUUUAUACCUUUCAUUCCCUCCGGCUUCUGUGGUGACGCCCUACUCUACCCACUAUUGAUUAUUUUUACACUGGUAAUUUUUAUUUUAAACUUGGGCUUUACCGUUUUGUUUACCAUACACUUAGUAUGGGAGUACUGUCGCACUCCCUAAAAAAAGCAUACGUACUAUACGAGGAAGUAGCAUACUUAUCUAAACUAUUCGCCACCUGUCGCACAUAUGUCACAUUCGCCCCUGGUUUCCUCAUUGCUACUAGUCCGGUGGAGCCUUAUGGCUGGCUUCCGUCAAUAUGUGACCAUUCCAUUUUAUUCUAGCAUCCUGGGAUUUGUUUUUACUUUAUUGUUAGGAUUCUAUCCGGUCCUGGAACCUUGCGUUAUUUAAUCUUAUUUGCCGCAGCAGCUAAUAAUUAGCCUGUUUCCUAUUGUGACACCCUAGCUAUAUAAUUAUUGGCAGUCUACUAGUUGCCACCAUCGUAAUCUAUUUAUAGACAGACUGUAUCCCGACAAGUUCACAGGGACACUGUGCCAUAAUACGACCUACGUGGCAGAAAAUAAUCCCUGUUCUACGUCGCUUCGCUAUUGACAUAUUAAAGCAGAAAAGCACUGAUGUGCCAGCUCCCAAGCGAGUUUAAAUAAUUACAGAGCUUGUAUCUCUUCCACUAGUGGUCAGUAAGCGGA